UACGUCACAACACAAUGAGCUGUUAUCCCUACUACAUAUUAAAAAAUAAAAAAAUAAAUAAUAUAAAUAAUAAUAAUAACAAAUAAAGUUGAAGGCUUGAAGCCCCUCAACCUGUGCACAAAGUAACUCCUCAUCGGAGUGCUCCGUUUUAUAAAAUCUCUAUAGUCUUUGGGUGUGUGUUGUGUUAACUUGAAAAUUGAAAUAAAAUUUAUAAAAAAUUAUAAUAAAAUAUAGUGACACACAAGACACAACAUAAUGUGAACUACAAUCAUAUACAUGUACACCACAAAAAAGCAAUAUGGCGAUCUAUGUCACGAGCACGAUUUUACUGUAGCUGUCUUAUGAAUAAUAACAAAUAAUAAUAUCAAAAUAAUACAGUACAAAUGUAUUAUUUAAAACAUCAAUAGUGUUUAACAAUAAUAAUUAAUUUAGUGACAAUGAUUAUACUGUGAUUUUUGGAGUAUCAGUGUUAUAAUUUUUUUUAAUUAUUUCAUUUUUUUUAUUUUUUUAUUUUUUUUGUGUUUAUUUAUUGUGAAUGGUUUUUUUUUUUCUAUUAUUUAAAUAAUUAAUUCAAGUGUAUAGCCGGUUUUAUUUUUUUUUUUUGAUUUUAUUUUGUUGUUUGAUCAGUGAUAAAUCAUGGCCACGGAUAAAAUUAAAGUUGCUGUUCGUGUUAGACCAUUCAAUCGUCGUGAACUGGAACUUGGUACACAAUGUGUCGUCGAAAUGACUGGUCAACAGACCAUUCUUCAACAUCCCACGACAAUCGAAAAAAACAAACCAAAAACAUUUGCCUUCGAUCAUUGUUUUUAUUCACUGGUACCAGGAGGAGAAAAUUUUGCAAGUCAAGAAGUCGUAUUCGAUGCACUUGGACGUGAUAUUUUGGACAAUGCAUUUCAAGGAUACAAUGCUUGCAUAUUUGCAUAUGGACAGACUGGAUCUGGUAAAUCAUAUACAAUGAUGGGAAGUGGUGAGCACAAAGGAAUAAUACCACGUUUAUGUGAUAAUUUAUUUGAUUUAAUAGCCAAACAACAAAGUUCUGAAUUAUCAUAUAAAGUUGAAGUAUCAUAUAUGGAAAUAUAUAAUGAAAAAGUACAUGAUUUAUUAGAUCCAAAGCCAAAUAAACAAUCAUUAAAAGUACGUGAACACAAUGUAUUGGGUCCAUAUGUUGAUGGUUUAAGUCAAUUAGCUGUUACAGAUUAUCUUGAUAUUGAUAAUUUAAUGACUGAAGGUAAUAAAUCACGUACAGUUGCAGCAACAAAUAUGAAUUCCGAAAGUUCAAGAUCACAUGCUGUAUUUUCAGUAAUAUUAACACAAACAUUAACUGAUACAAAAAGUGGUGUUAGUGGUGAAAAAGUAUCACGUAUGAGUUUAGUUGAUCUUGCUGGUAGUGAAAGAGCUGUUAAAACAGGUGCUGUUGGUGAUCGUCUUAAAGAAGGUAGUAAUAUUAAUAAAUCAUUAACAACACUUGGUCUAGUCAUAUCAAAAUUAGCUGAUCAAUCAUCUGGUGGUAAUAAAAUACGUGAUAAAUUUGUACCAUAUCGUGAUUCUGUAUUAACAUGGUUAUUAAAAGAUAAUCUUGGUGGUAAUAGUAAAACUGUUAUGGUUGCAACAUUAUCACCAGCUGCUGAUAAUUAUGAAGAAACAUUAUCAACAUUACGUUAUGCUGAUCGUGCUAAAAGAAUUAUUAAUCAUGCUGUUGUUAAUGAAGAUCCAAAUGCACGUAUUAUACGUGAACUUAGACAAGAAGUUGAAACACUUAAAGAAAUGUUAUUACAUGCUACUGGACAUGGUUCUGUUGUUGGACAACAACGUACUGAUAUUACUGAAAAAUUAUCUGAGUCUGAAAAAUUAAUGAAAGAAAUGUCACAAACAUGGGAAGAAAAAUUAGUUAAAACAGAAAGAUUACAACAUGAAAGACAGCAUGCACUUGAAAAAAUGGGUAUUAGUGUACAAGCAAGUGGUAUACAAGUUGAAAAAAAUAAAUAUUAUUUAGUUAAUUUAAAUGAUGAUCCAAGUUUAAAUGAAUUAUUAGUUUAUUAUUUAAAAGAAAAAACACUUGUUGGUGGACGUUCAGCAACAACUGAACAAGAUAUACAAUUACAUGGUCUUGGUAUAUUACCAGAACAUUGUGUUAUUACAAUUGAAGAUAGUGGUCUUUAUAUGACACCACAAAAUGGUGCAAGAUGUUUUAUAAAUGGUAGUCAAGUUAUUAAUAAAACAAUAUUAUUACAUGGUGAUAGAAUUGUAUGGGGUAAUCAUCAUUUUUUUCGUGUUAAUUGUCCACGUAGUUCAACAUCAAUUAAUAGUGAACCACAAACACCAGCACAAAAUAUUGAUUAUAAUUUUGCACGUGAAGAAUUAAUGCUCAAUGAAUUAUCAAAUGAUCCAAUACAACGAGCAAUUGCAAGACUUGAAAAACAACAUGAAGAAGAUAAACAAGUUGCAUUAGAAAAACAAAGAUUAGAAUAUGAAAGACAAUUUCAACAAUUACGAAAUAUUUUAUCACCAUCAACACCAUAUUCACCAUAUUUACCAUAUGAUCCAUUGAGAGGUAGUCAAACUGGUAAAUUACCAGCAUGUACACCAACAACACAAAUGAGAGUUGAAAAAUGGGCACAAGAAAGAGAUGAAACAUUUAAAAGAAGUUUGGGACAACUAAAAACUGAUAUAUUAAAAGCAAAUUCACUUGUACAAGAAGCUAAUUUUCUUGCUGAAGAAAUGGAUAAACAAACUAAAUUUUCUGUUACUCUACAAAUACCACCAAAUAAUUUGAGCCCAAAUAGAAAGAGUGUAUUUUUUCAGCGUGGUGCAUUUGUCAGUGAGCCAGCAAUACUAGUUAAACGUACAACAAUGGGUAGUCAAGUAUGGACAAUGGAAAAAUUAGAAAAUAAAUUAGUUGAUAUGCGUGAAAUGUAUGAUGAACGUAAAGAUCCAUCAAAUUGUCAACGUUUACCAACAAUAAAAGAUGAAUUACCAGGAAAAAUACAAGAUCCAUUUUAUGAAUCACAAGAAAAUCAUAAUUUAAUUGGUGUUGCAAAUAUAUUUCUUGAAGUAUUAUAUCAUGAUGUUAGACUUGAUUAUCAUACACCAAUAAUAAGCCAACAGGGUGAAGUUGCUGGACGACUUCAAGUUGAAAUAAGUCGUAUUAAAGGACAAUUUCCACAAGAUAGAAUAUGUGAAGCAGCAUCUGAAUCAUCAUCAUCAUCAUCAUCAUCUUCAUCAUCAUCAAGUUGUGAUUCAACAGAAGAUUAUUCUGGUUCAAGUCAUAUAACAUGUGCUGUUACAAUAAAACAAGCAAGUGGUUUACCAUUAUCAUUGAGUCAUUUUGUAUUUUGUCAAUAUAAUUUUUGGGGACAUCCAGAACCAAUAGUUGUACCACCAAUUGUUAAUUCUGAAUUACCAAUAAACAAUAUACCAAUUGGACAACGUGAUUCACUUGCAUUUAAAUUUAAUCAUACUAAAGAAUUUACAAUACCAAUUAAUGAAGAAUUUUUAGAGCAUUGUUCAGAGGGUGCAUUGAGUAUUGAAGUAUGGGGUCAUAGAUCAACUGGUUUUUCACGUAGUCGUCCUGGUUGGGAAGUUGAACAACAACAAUUAGCUAAAGCACGUUCAUUAGCUGAUCGUUGGUUAGAAUUAUCACGUAAAAUUGAAUUAUGGGUUGAAAUACAAGAAUUAAAUGAACAAGGUGAAUAUUCACCAGUUGAAGUUGCCAUUAAACCAGAUAUACAAACUGGUGGUAUAUAUCAAUUACGUCAAGGACAACAAAGACGUAUACAAGUACGUGUUAAACCAGUACAAAAUUCUGGUACAUUACCAAUAAUAUGUCAAUCAAUAUUAAAUAUACAAGUUGGUUCAGUUGCAAUUAGAAAUCGUUUACAAGCACCACUUGAUAGUUAUCAAGAUGAAGAUUUAAAUGUACUUAGAGAAAAAUGGAGUGAUGCAUUAGUUAGAAGACGUCAAUAUCUUGAUCAACAAAUACAAAAAUUAAUAAAUAAAACAGAUAAAAGUGAACAAGAUAAUGAAAGAGAACAAAGUUUAGUUGAUCAAUGGGUUAGUUUAACUGAAGAAAGAAAUGCUGUAUUAGUACCAGCUGCUGGUUCUGGUAUACCAGGUGCACCAGCUGAUUGGUUACCACCAUCUGGUAUGGAAAAUCAUAUGCCAGUAUUAUUUCUUGAUUUAAAUGCUGAUGAUUUAUCAACACAUCAAUCUGGUGAAGAAGUAUCAGUUACUGGUUUAAAUUCAAUAUUAUCUAAAGAAUUUGGUAAUCAAUUUGAUAAUUUAUCAAUAAUACGACAUUUAGAAAAAGAUGUAUGUGCUAUUGCAACAUGGGAUUCAAGUAUACAUGAUAAUUUACAUUUAAAUAAAAUAACUGAUCCAAAUGAAAGAGUUUAUUUAAUAUUAAAAACAACUGUUAGAUUAUCACAUCCAGCACCAAUGGAUCUUGUUCUUAGAAAAAGACUUGCAUUAAAUAUUUAUAAAAGACAAAGUAUAACUGAUCGUAUAUUUAAAAGAAUUGUUAGAUUUGAUUGUUUAACACAAACUGGUGUUACAUAUGAAGUUGUAUCAAAUAUACCAAAAGCCAGUGAAGAACUUGAAGAUAGAGAAAGUUUAGCACAAAUUGCUGCUAGUGGUGAAGACAAUAGUCUUUGUGAUGGUGAAACAUAUAUUGAAAAAUAUACACGUGGAGUAUCUGCUGUUGAAAGUAUAUUAACACUUGAUAGACUGAGACAAAGUGUUGCUGUUAAAGAAUUACUUCAAGCACGUGGACAACCACUUAUGCGAAAAACAGCAAGUGUACCAAAUUUCUCACAGAUUAUGAGGUUCGAAAAUACAUCAAUGGAUUCACUGACAGUAACACGAUCAGAGAGUGUGACAGAUUUGAAUUCCGAACUAAACGGUGCACCUCAUCCUCGACGUGCUUCACUUGGUGGUCAUGCCAGGAACGAUGACAACUUUUUAAAUACACCAUCAAAACCAUUUGGACUUGGCUCCAUUCUCAAUUCAGCGAGACCAACAUUUUUGAAUCUCAUUCCGAACAACUCACUGACUCGUGUGCAACAGUCCACCUCUUCCAAGUCAUCACCAAAUAUGGGUGGUAAAUUGGGACUUAGAAUGACAACUUUACAUGAAGAAACAUCAAAUAUUGGUAAUCAAUUAUCAUCACCAAUAAAUGAUGCUGAUGAUGAGGAUAAAAGUGAAGCUGAUUAUUCAGAAUAUGAAUCUUAUCAGGUAUCAACAAAGCCAUGUAAACCAUUAACAACAUCUCGUACAUUGGAUUCAUUGGCUGAACUUCAAUCAACAAAAAUCAAUACACCAAGUAUGAGCAGUAGUGGCUAUGGCUCACAAGCAGUAUCAACAACAAAUUUAACAUCUGAUGAUUCAAUAUCAAUAAAAUCAAUAAGUGUUGAUGAAACACCAGAUUUAGAAUAUCGUAAUAUAAUUGAUUAUAAAAAAAAUGAAAAAAUGGAUUCAUCACUUGUUACAGAAACACCUGAAGAAUAUUUAGGUGAAAUAAAUACUGAUAUUGAUAAUAUCAAUGAAAUACCACAGACAUUUAAUAAUAUAAAAAUUGAUAAAAAUAAAAUUUCAAAAACAAUAAUACAUGAUAAUAAUAUAAAUGAUUAUAAUAAUAAAAAUACUCAUAAAAUUAAUGAUAAUAAUAUUGAUAAUAAUACAUUAUCAAUUGAAGAUUCAAGUCAAGCAUCAAAUUCUGGUGAUGAAAAUUCAUCAAUGGAUGGUAAUACAAUUAUUGAUAAAAAAUUAAUAAAUGAUAAAAUUGUACGUAGACGUAAACUAUCAAAUAACCAAGGAAAAAAUUUAAAUUCACAAAAUAGAGCAUCAUUUCCAAUGAUACGUACAAAUUUAAUAACAGAUAAUAAAUUAUUGGAUCAUAAUCAAUUACAAAGUGAUGAAAAUUAUGAUAAUGGUAAUAAUAGUUCAACAGAAAGAAUUGAUGAUGAUAAUGUUGAUAAAUUUUCUGUAUUUGGAUCAAGAAAUGAUUUAACAAGAGUUGAAUCACCAUUACCUGAUUGGGUUGUAUUGGGUGAAUCUGUUAUGGUACGUCCAUACAGUUAUUGUGGUGUUAUUGCAUAUAUUGGACCAACUGAAUUUGCAUCUGGUAGUUGGAUUGGUAUUGAACUUGAUGCACCAACUGGAAAAAAUGAUGGUGCUGUUAAUGGACACAGAUAUUUUACAUGUCGAUCAAAAUGUGGUAUAUUUGUUAAAGUUGAUAAACUUAUACAAGACAGACGUGGUAGAGCACUUAGAAAUUUUACCAAGCAAGAACAAACACCACCACCACCAUCAUCAACAAUGCGCAGGAGUGUUAGCAGAGGUGAAGGCUUGCACUCGUUACAUCGUAGUCGAAGUCGAGGUGAAGGUCUCUCAACAACUGGUACACGUUCUUCACCACGUGGUAAAUGAGUAUAUUAUCAAAAAUUUUAACUAAUAAAUGCCAAAAAUGCAUUUUUUUAAAGAGUGAAAAAAAAAAACAAAAGGAUUAAAUUAAAUAAAAAUUUUAAGACGAGGUAGUAAUGCUGAUUUAUCAAGACUAAAACAGCUGAUUGUCUAUUAUUUUUAAUUUAAAUAGUAUCAUUAAAAUAACUGCAAAGUGAAAAAUGAAAAAUAAAUUAUUCAAUAUUUAGAAAUUUGAUUGACAGUUAAUUAAUGAUAUUUAAAUAAUUAAUAUUAUCUGUGCUCACAUUUUAGAUUUUAGUUAAUUGAGCAUUGUUUUUUAGUAGUAAAAUGAAAGAAAAAAAAAAAAAAACAAAUAAAACUCAAUCAACUCUAAAGCAUUCCAUUUAUAUCAAAUGGCAUUUUUUUUUUUUAAUUUUAUUAAUUUAUAAUUUAAUUUUUUGUGCAUUUUAAUGAAAAAACAAAAAUAAUAAUCAUUGAAUAAAUGAAUAAUACAAAUUUGUAGUAUAUUAAUUAUACAUUAAUAAUGAAAAAAUAUAAAAAUUAAAUAUAUAUACGAUUCACACGUAUAUUUUUUCAAAGUGCACACUUUCCAAAUUGCUUAAAUGCAAUUUUCAGAAUAAGGGAAAAAUGUGAUGCACAAUAUUAUCAUUAUUAUUUUUUUAAUUAAAUAAAUAAAAAAUGAAAAAAAAAAAAAACAAUAAGAAAACAUAUUCACAGUUAUUAAUAUUCACUACAUAAAAAUAAUUAUCAAUGACAAUUUUUAUCUACAAUAUUUUGUGGAUUAUUUAAAUUUUAUUUACAUGUAUACAUUUUGUUUGAUAUUGUAUUAUUUACAUUUUUUAAAAACCAUUACUUAGAUUAAUUAUCAUUUGUUUUUAUUUUUUUUAUUGUAAUAUACAUAUUUACUGAUAUCAUUUUAUUUUUUUUAUGUUACUACAUGAGUAUGUGAAUAUAAAAACACUAAUAAAAUUAAAAACCAUAAAUCAAUUUUAAAAAUAUAAAAUUAAUAAAAUAUGCCUACUAAAAACGUGUAUGAAAUUUUACUCUUUAGCAUUAAUUAUUGCAGAAAUAAAAAAAAAAAGAGUUAAUAAUAGUUGAAAGAAUUAAAUUAAACAAAAAAAUAAUUAAACUAAAUGGCAAUUUGUGUUUAAUUAUUCCAGUGAUUAAAGUGCAGUAGGUAUGCAAUACUAGAUUAAUCAUAAAAUGUAAUAAUUAUUAUUUAAAUAAAUUUAAAAAAAUUUGCUUCAAUGUGUAUCACUUGCAUAUAUGCAUAAACUAUAAUAAUUAAUUAAUUAUAAAUGUUUAAGAUAAUAAAAUUCAAAAGAAAAAAAAAUAAAAACAAAAAACAAUUAUUAUUAUAAUUCAAUCAAUUGUAAAUUAAUUUUUAUUAUCAUUUGUUUUAUUUUAUGUUUUUUGGAUGACCAAAAAAACUAGUCUUUUUAAAAAUCAUUAUUAACAAUAAAUAAUAAUAAUUAAAUAAUAACAAAAAAUAAAUUACAGACGCAACAAAUUGUUCAUAAUUUAAUUGAAGCUAAAUCAAAUUUUCAAUGUUUAUAUAUAAUUUUUUUUUGUUUUUCUUUUCGUUUAAAUUUUAAGUACUUCCACGAGUGUGUGUAUGUGUAUGCGUAUAUGUAUGUGUAUGUGUGUGUGUAAAAACAAGCAAAAAUGAAUUGAAAAAAAAAAAAAAAAAAAAAAGAAAAUAUUAAAAAGCGUAAAAAAUAUGAACAAAAAAGAAAUUUAAAUAAUUGACUUACAAAUUAACAUUAAAAAUUUACAAAAACAAAAUUAAUUUGUCCAUAUUUUAAACAAAAAAAUCAACAAUAACAACAACAACAAAAAAAGUAAACUAUUCCUGUCCAACUAGAACAAUAUUAUCAUUAAAGACUAUAAUUAUUAUGUGUAAUAUUUAUUGAAUAAUAAUUAAUGAAUAUUGUCUUGAUCGCAGCACCAUUUGCCUAGCUAAUUGAUAUAUUAUUUUCUUUUUUAUUUCAUAAAUAUAUUUUGAAUUGUUUAUUGGCAAUGGAAUAAAUGUUGCAGCUUAUCAAGACUUGUCCAUUAUUUUUUUUUUUUUUUUUGGUAAUAGAUUGUUGAAAGUUGA